AUGGCUGAUCCUGUAAUUGGUGCUACUGUUCAGGUUGUGCUUGAGAAGCUGCUUUCUCUCACUAUUGAGGAGGCAAAAACUUUAAGGAACUGCAAGAAAAAUCUCAGAAUGCUGACAAAAUAUGUAACCAUGAUCCAAGCUUACAUUCAUGAUGUUGAAAGACGACAAGUCGAAGAUCAGGCUGUGGAAGAAUGGCUUAAGAUGCUUGAGAGAAUUGCUGAAGAUGCUGAAAAUGUGUUUGACAAAUUCACAUAUGAAUCUCUCAAAGCACAAGUGAUGAACAACCGAACCAAACUAAUGGAAAAGGUCAGUCACUUCUUUUCUCAGACUGCUUUUAAGUACAAAAUGUCCCGAAAAAUCAACAACAUCAAUGAAGAGUUGAGGGCUAUCAAUAAGUUAGCCAAAAACCUCGGUCUCCCAUCAUGGACAGUUCCUUCUCGGGAAAUACUACAAAUCCGAGAAACAGAUUCCAUAGUAGUUGCUUCAAAUGUUGUUGGUAGAGACAAAGAUGUUGCUGCAAUCAAGAAUAAGAUGUUGAACAUGAGAGAGGAACUUGUUCUGUGCGCCAUUCCCAUAGUGGGUAUGGGGGGUAUAGGGAAAACUACAGUGGCUAAGAGAAUUUUCAAUGAUGAAGAGAUCAAGCAAAUCUUUGAAAAGAGAGUUUGGUUGUGUCUACCUGAAAUGGUAGAAACUAAGAGCUUUCUUGAACUGAUUCUCAAAUCAUUGACAAAGAGGAAAGUUGAGGUCCAAAGCAGAGAUAUAAUAGUCAAGACGCUACAAGAUGCAUUGGGGAGAAAAAAAGUAUUUGCUUGUCCUGGAUGA